GCAAACCGUUAAUAAACUCGACAGAAGAAGAAGAAUUGUUCGUUCUGUCCAUCAUGGCGAUGCAUGCUAAAGCUACACCGCCGCAGAUCCCCGACACACGCCGGGAGCUGGCGGAGUUAGUGAAGAGGAAACAAGAGCUUGCUGAGACACUGGUGAACUUGGAAAGACAAAUAUAUGCAUUUGAGGGCAGCUACCUGGAAGACACCCAGAUGUAUGGCAACAUCAUCAGAGGGUGGGACAGAUACCUCACCAACCAAAAGAACUCCAACAGCAAGACUGACAGAAGAAAUAGAAAAUUCAAGGAAGCAGAGCGGCUAUUCAGCAAGUCAUCUGUUACUUCAGUUGCGGCGGUAUGUGCACUCGGUGGAAUACCAGAUCACAUGAAUGAAAAACGUGAGGCAGGCAGCGGCACAGAAAGUGACGCUUCCCCAGAUCUCCAGAACCAAGAGAACGAGCCCAGUCAGGAUGAUGCUGAAGAUGUGGACUCACCACUGCAGGACCUAAAACCACAGAAAGCUGCAUCAUCCUCCUCCUCAGGCAGCCACCAUGGCAGCCACAAGAAGAGAAAGAACAAAAACAGACACAGGUUUGACAUGAAGGUUAGCAAGAAACCAAGAGCAGAUUAUUCAACUUAAAGUGGAGGACUCUGACACACAAGGAUGCGUUUAAGAGAAAAAAUACUUUGAACUGUGUUUUUAUAUGUCAGCCAUUAAUGUGUAUUCCUUGAAACAUUCCCAUUUCCACCUGCCUUUGGCCACAGCUAUAUGCUUUUGAUUUACAGAUUAAAUAAAUGUAUGAUGUUGCAUUUUACUUGAGGCCUGCACGGGCUCACCUCCAGGGCACACA